AUGUCGGGAGGUUUAGACAUACUAGCCCUCAACGAGGAAGAUGUAACCAAAAUGUUGGCAGCGACAACCCAUUUGGGGUCCGAGAAUGUCCACUUCCAGAUGGAGACCUACGUGUACAAGCGUCGUGCUGACGGCACCCACGUCAUCAACCUUCGCCGUACAUGGGAGAAGCUAGUGCUGGCCGCACGUGCGGUGGUUGCUAUUGAGAAUCCCGCGGAUAUCUUCGUGAUUUCAUCCCGUCCUUUCGGUCAACGUGCUGUGCUUAAAUUCGCAGCUCACACCGGAGCUACACCUAUCGCUGGACGUUUCACGCCCGGUGCCUUCACUAACCAGAUCCAAGCCGCUUUCCGUGAGCCUCGUCUCUUGAUUGUCCUGGACCCAGCUCAAGAUCAUCAACCAAUUACUGAAGCUUCAUAUGUGAACAUUCCAGUCAUUGCAUUCUGCAACACUGACUCCCCACUCAGAUUCGUUGAUAUCGCCAUCCCUUGCAACACUAAGUCAUCCCAUUCUAUUGGUUUGAUGUGGUGGCUGUUGGCUCGUGAGGUUCUACGUCUGCGCGGUGUGCUCGCUCGUGACCAGAAGUGGGAUGUUGUUGUGGAUCUGUUCUUCUACAGAGACCCUGAGGAGAGCGAGAAGGAGGAACAACAGGCUAAGGAACAGGCUGUCGUAGCAGCUAAGGCUGAGGAGGCAGUGCUUCCUGUUGAGUAUGUUGAGCCAGUUGAGGCUCCGACUGUAUGGGCUGAUGAUACACCCGGAGCACCGGCUGCUACUGUGGCCUUCACCGCCACACCACCCAAGGAAGACUGGGCUGCUCAGGUCCAAGAGGAAUGGCCCAACGCGCCCACAGCCCCCGCCCCGGCAGCCCCCGCCGCUCCAUCAUGGGGUGGCUCCACUCAAGGAUGGAACCCAGCCUAA